AUGACUCUCAUAUCUUCAAUUCUGGGAUUCAGCGCUUUCGGUUUCGGUGCUAGAUGUUUUCAGUUGGGUUUACAACAUCGACCAAUCUUUGAUGCUCCCACAGGUCAUUUAAUAGCAUCUGGUGCAUUUGGUGUGAUAGGUUACGGAGCAUUCUACGCUGAUAAGAAGCAAACCGCUCUUUUGGCAGAGAAGAAAAAGAUCUUACUUGAACGAAGAGAAAAAGAGAAUUUGGAAUGGCAAGCUAAUAAAGGACAACAAGCUCAUGCUGUAUAA